AUACAUAUCAGUGAAACUGAAAAGUAGAUCCGGUAGCACCGGUAGGUCAUCUUGAGCCGGUUGUCGCAGCAGCCGACCAGUUUGCUGCAGAGCGUAUCGAGUGGAGGACAGACCCAAUAGUGACCAUGCCCUCAUCAAAGACUCAUUCCCAAGAGAUGGGUAGUGCCUUUAUCCAGACCCAGCAGCUCAACGCUUCCAUGGCUGACACCUUCCUGGAGCACCUGUGUCUGCUGGACAUAGACUCGGAGCCGACCACUGCCCGCAACACCGGCAUCAUCUGUACGAUCGGGCCAGUCUCUCGUUCCGUGGAGACUCUGAAAGAGAUGAUCAAAGCUGGAAUGAAUGUGGCUCGACUCAACUUCUCUCACGGCACUCACGAGUACCAUGAAGGCACCAUCAGGAAUGUGCGUGAAGCCACUGAGAGCUUCGCUGCUAACCCCAUCCUCUACAGACCAGUGGCUAUAGCACUGGACACAAAGGGACCAGAAAUCAGAACUGGACUCAUCAAGGGAAGUGGCACAGCCGAGGUGGAGCUGCAGAAGGGCGCCUCUCUGAAGAUAACCCUGGACGACAACUUCAUGGAGAAAUGUGAUGAGAACACGGUGUGGGUUGACUACAAAAACCUGACCAAGGUGGUGCAGGCAGGCAGCAAGAUCUACAUUGAUGACGGACUCAUCUCACUCCUGGUGAAGGAGCUAGGGUCUAACUAUGUCAUGUGUGAGGUAGAGAACGGUGGUAUCCUGGGCAGCAAGAAGGGAGUGAACCUGCCAGGCGCUGCGGUGGACCUGCCUGCUGUCUCUGAGAAGGACAUCCAGGACCUGCAGUUCGGAGUGGAGCAGGGGGUAGACAUGGUCUUCGCCUCCUUCAUCCGCAAGGCUACUGAUGUGCAGGCUGUUAGGAAAGUCCUGGGAGAGAAGGGCAAAAACAUAAAGAUCAUCAGCAAGAUUGAGAAUCAUGAGGGCGUGCGCAGGUUUGAUGAGAUCCUGGAAGCCAGUGACGGCAUCAUGGUUGCCCGUGGAGAUCUUGGAAUUGAGAUUCCUGCCGAAAAAGUCUUCCUUGCACAGAAGAUGAUGAUUGGUCGUUGCAACAAAGCUGGCAAACCAGUCAUCUGCGCCACUCAGAUGUUGGAGAGCAUGAUUAAGAAACCCCGUCCCACUCGUGCAGAGGCCAGCGAUGUGGCCAAUGCAGUCCUGGAUGGAGCUGACUGCAUCAUGCUGAGCGGAGAGACAGCCAAGGGAGACUAUCCCCUGGAGGCUGUGUGCAUGCAGCACGCGAUUGCUCGCGAGGCUGAGGCAGCUAUUUUCCACCGGCAGGUGUUUCAGGACCUUCACCGUAUAACCGCGCAUUCCACUGACCCAACCGAGGCUAUUGCCAUUGGAGCCGUGGAGGCAUCCUUUAAGAUCUUAGCGUCAGCUUUCAUAGUAUUGACCGGGUCUGGCAGGUCCGCCCACCUGAUCUCCAGGUACCGGCCCCGUGCCCCCAUCAUCGCUGUGACUCGUCAAGGACAGACUGCUCGCCAGGCCCACCUGUACCGCGGGAUCUUCCCAGUGCUGUUUAACGAGCCCGCCCUUGACGUAUGGGCAGAUGACGUUGACCUCCGUGUCAACUUCGCCAUGGAUAUCGGCAAGGCUCGUGGAUUCUUCAAGUCUGGUGAUGUGGUCAUUGUGCUGACUGGGUGGCGUCCAGGUUCCGGUUACACCAACACCAUGCGUGUUGUCCCCGUGCCCUAAAGGAAACUUCCUUCAUCCCCAGUACCCUUUCCUCUCCCUUUGGCAGCUUGCGAGACCCCCCACUCCUUUCACUUCUACCUGUCUUCAUCUUGGCACACCUAGACAAUCCUCCUAGUCCUCAGACCAGCUUCCUCAUUUCACCGCGUCACCAGGGCACUUGUUCUAACUGCCAGAGCCUGUAGUAUUUAUUAAAGGAAUAAACACCACACCGAAUGCAUUAGAAACAAUUCAUCUGGAUGUUUAUGUGCAGGCCAGGCAACCCUGUUCUUGCUGUGAGGAACCAGAGUUUACAGAACAUGCAGUUCUCAGAUUCCUGGAAGAAACAGAUUAAGUAAUUGAGGGAUUUUUAUAUGUUGUAACUGAAGUUGGACAAGCACAUCAUUAGUUUUGUGGGUCCUAUACCUUAGAUAUUCUUGCUGGAAAGAUCAAGGGAUAUGGCCUUGUAUAAUGUAAAAGGUAUGAUUUGUUAAACUCUAGCCAUUCACAAUGAAAAUAUUCUUCUGUCAGAGUUGCCUGGGCCUACCUGCUUUGUAGUUUGUGUUCACCUCUCUGUAUCAUCUGUGUUGUGUGUUUAAAAUGCUGCACUCCACUUUCUGAAAGUAGGUUAUAUUGUAGGCUGCAUUCUUCAUUUAUACUUGACUUUUGAGUGUGAUUGGAAGAUAACCAACAUCUGUAUUAUGGUUGAUGGAAUGCUUGGACUGAACUUUCUUUUAAAAGGUGAAGAAAGAGCCCUUUUAAGUAGUGAAUUGGUCAAAUACCCUGUGUUUUUUUGAAAAAUUAUAUUCUGCAGCACACCCUUUGAAUCCUGGCCCAUGCCUUUAGACUUGCAAGGAAAAAGUAAAGGUGUUAUCCACUGGAUUAUCUGUAAAGCAGGAGUUUCUCCUUGGUCAUAGCCUCCUUCCACAAGGCAUUGGCCUGUCUCUAAUACAACCUUGCUGGUCCUGACCUCCAGUCUUUCUGAGGUUUCAAGAAACCUGCUUAUUUUUCCUAUUGUGGAGACCAGUUUAAGUUAAGUGGUAAGGAGGUUUAUAUAAACGCAGGCUCCUGCCAUUUGCAAUAGAGUUCACACGAGCCUAUUUUAGGGGUGAUUUUGAGCUCUUCACAUUUGGAAUUGCCCACUGUACAAUAUUAAUCUGCUGCUACAUUGUGUGAAGCGAAUUGAGAAUACAAUGGAAGUAAAUCUGCAGUAUAAAUAUACUUCUCUGUUUUUGAAGGCGGUUUACUCCCUGGUGCAGGGCAGGAUUUGGCACUUUGAGGGUUUUUAAAGGCUGGUCCCCUGAUGGUUUCAGGUUGAGACCUAACUCCCUGCUGCUGUAGCUGAUGUUGUCAAGUCUGUUAGUGUGUGUGCGCACUCCUGACAUGUUCCCACUUGCUUUCUGAUUUGUGAUGGUUUGAAAAAGUUCAGUGUGUAAAAACAAUGUAGAAAAUAUGUUGUCCUGCACUACUGGAUUUACAUCAAUAAAAGAUGAGCACCUGC